CACGCCGAUACGCAAAUGUCGAACCCAAUUUAUCCCAAUCGACUCACCGACCAGAACAUCCGACUUCUUGAGCUAUUGCCUGGAGAUCCAUCACAUAUCCUGGUUGGCCGACUCUUUGAUGCCAAGCUUGACGAUGACCUCGAUUUCGAAGCCUUGUCUUACGUCUGGGGCGACCCUAGGUCAAGGACGGACAUCAAGCUCGCGUAUAUGCCGACAGAGCCAAAUGCCGACAUAGCAGUGCAUCGCAGGAGAGAGGAGAGUUUCAGCGUCACGACCAAUCUUGCCCAUGCCUUGACACGGCUUCGACGACCGGAUAGAUCCCGCAUUGUGUGGGCGGACGCUGUUUGCAUCAAUCAAGAGGACGUCAAAGAGAGGAAUCAUCAAGUACAGCUUAUGAGGGACGUCUACACUCGCGCCACGGGGGUGUUGGUCUUCUUUUCCCCCAGAGCGAUGAAAGAACAGUUUGCAAGCCGAUCAGCGUCGUUGAUGAUGCAAAUCUACAAUUCCUGCCUGCGUUUGCGCCCCGAGAUGACCCUUACUUGGAGUAGUGACCUGGAGUCAGCUGUCGCUAUGCUUCCUCUGGAUGUAAUUGACCUAUCGGACACCCAAAACACCCGUGCGCUUCAACAAUUCUUCUACUGUCCCUGGUUCACGAGAAUUUGGUGCGUCCAGGAAAUCAUCCUCGCCAGGAAAGCGACCGUACUGUUUGGAGCGCACGAAGAGCUCCCCUGGGGGGUGGUUGGCAUCACUGCUUCUUGGCUCCACAGUGCUCACGUUUCGAGAGCUCUACCGAAGCAUAAACUGUUACGAAUCCCGGCGGAGCGCUGUUGGAACAUGUUUAAGGCGGCCCUGUACCUCCCGACUGAGUUCGGUCUCGCGCUGUCCGAUUUUCGACAUUGCAACUCGAGCGACCCCAGAGACAAGGUUUACGCUUUGCUGGGUAUCAUACAAUGGGAAAAAGGGGAUAUCGCACCACCUGUGGUCGACUACGGUAGGGGCUAUUUGUCCAUAUACCUCGAUACUGCUCGGACCAUCUUGCGGACAACUGGCGACCUGUCAAUAUUGUCCCUUGUCGGCGACGAGCCACACACCCUAUGGUAUCCGAAUUGGUGGUACGAUCCAGCACCCCAUAUAAGCGUACAUGAGCUUAGCCGUUGGAGCGCUUGCGGUGAAAAUCGGUUACAGAAGUGGGAUGUAAGUGGCAAGCCCCCCAACCGCUGCCUUAGGCUUCGAGGCUUCCGAUUCGACCGCAUUACAUACGCGAGCGGCGCCAUGAAAUGCGAAGAUGAAGACAUUCAUAUGAACCCCCGCCAUCAAACCUACUACCCAAUCGUUGAGCUGUGGUGGCACCUUCUCCAGCAGCCCACCUCAGACCACGAUCAUGAAAAGUUAUUGAGAAGGAUGGCCCACACUCUGACAUUUGGCGGUACGAGAAACUCAUGCCUUCCCGAUGCGGACCGCGAGCGGGAACUUUUGGCCGAUUUCGCUAAUUUCAUCACACUCCUUCUCGGGGACACCCCCGAGUUCCUAAAUGAUCUGGAAAUCGGAACUGCGGAAGGGGAUGGUCGUAAGUUCCUCGCACUUGCCCGCUCGGCCCUUCAUGGAUGCCAAGUAUUUCGUACAGAGAAAGGGUUUUAUGGUAUCUCGUCAGGCUCAAUAAGAAAAGCCGAGUAUGGUGGCAUCAUCGUAGCUGUUUUAUAUGGAGGAAAGGUUCCGUAUCUCCUGCAGCGCGUAGAGGAAGAUAAUUAUAUGUUUCGCGGAACAUGCUAUAUCCAUGAUAUUAUGCAGGGGCAGUUAUUUGGCGAGCUCUGGAGUGAUGACCUAGAAGAGCAAACGUUCGUUCUAAAGUAGCCCCGGGAAAUGGAAGUCGAAAACAAUAUGUAACCAUGGCGGAAUGAAGAGGCCCGGUGGACUUCACGCGCCUUACCAUAUUGGGCAUCGUGAUCCUUAGUCAAGACGAUAGGGAUUUGGAGGAUGUGAGGGAGAGUUUACGGGCGCUUGAGGGGAGGUUGAGUAGAGUUGUGGGGGUGAGGAGGGUGGAUUAGGGGCGUUGGAUGGCGGAUUGAGCGGUUAGAGACAGGUUCUGAGUUGGCGUUGAAGCUGACCGAGUAGUACCGUAAGUUCCAAGUCAGUAAUC